GAAGAAGAAGACGAAGAAGAAGAGUCGCUGGGGGCGUGGUCCAGCCUGAGCUCGACCCAGUUUGAAAGUGAACUAACGGCUCCGGUCGCAGCUUUAGUCCCUAAACAGCAACAAGCAGAAAAACCUGAGAUCCAGUCCGAGUCUUCUGUACCUGUCCCGGCCCUCCUGACGAGCCGUCACUAUGAUGCGUAAAGACGUCAACAAGCCGAAGGGGAAGACUUCAGCUUAUGCCUUCUUUGUCCAGACGUGUCGAGAAGAACACCGCAAGAAGAACCCUGAGCAAUCUGUCAACUUCGCAGAGUUCUCCAAGAAAUGCUCCGAGAGAUGGAAGGCUCUGUCUCCCAGUGAAAAGAAGCGUUUUGAGGACAUGGCCAAGGCUGACAAAGUGCGCUACAACCGAGAGAUGAGGGACUACGUCCCACCUAAAGGCUUCGGGAAGAGGGGCCGCAAGAGGAAAGACCCCAACGCCCCCAAGAGACCCCCGUCAGCGUUCUUUGUGUUCUGCAGCGAGUACCGACCCAGCGUGAAGCAGCAGUUCCCGGGUCUGUCCAUAGGAGACUGUGCCAAGAAGCUGGGGGAGAUGUGGAGCAAACUGUCCCAGUCCGAGAAGCAACCGUACGAAGAGAAGGCCCAGAAGCUGAGGGAGAAGUACGACCGGGACAUGGUGGCGUACCGCGGCGGAGGAACCUACAACAGGAACCCUGACUCUUCAGCUCAGGGAGGAGAGGAAGAGGAGGAUGAAGAGGGGGAGGACGAAGACGAGGAGGAGGAGGAUGACGAGUAGACAGACUGUGUGUUAGAGGCAGGUGUGUGUUUCAGAGGUCCGACAGGAGAGUGGGCGGAGCUUCGCAGAACAUCUUCCCGUUCAGAGACUCGAAGUUUCAGAUAUGUAGGGUCUGAGGAGAAGGAGGAGGCAGGCAGGUGAGGAUUAGAUUGUUUCCAUGGUAACAGUUGUGAUGUGAUAUGACAUCAGCUGAGUUUCUGUAGGUUUCAUGGAGCAGAGCGACAUCAUGGCUUGUUCUGCUCUUAGAAUAGGCCCCGCCCCCUUUUGGAGGAAAUUGCUGGUGAUGAACUUGUUCUGACAAAGUGUCGAACCUUAAAGGUUCUGUGCAGCAUUUUGUCCAGCAGAUGGAACUCCCAGGUUGUUUCUGUAAACAGGGAGGGACAGUAGAAGGAGAGAUCAUUGUCUUCUGUUCAGUUGCAGAGGAUUUAAACGGUAACGACGGCAGCUGUCUUGAUUCUGUGUUUUUAAAUUGAUCUAAAAUCAUUUCUGUGAACGUCUUCAACUCUCUCCACUAAAGUAAAAAUGUUUGAUCAUUUUAAAACGCUAAUCAUUAACUUUUUGACAGAGAAAAAGAUUUAAACCAUAAAGGAUGACUGUUAUGUGUAAAAAUAAUAUUUACAUUUUUUAGUAACACAACCAUCUUAUCUGUCUGCACAGACACAUCAGGGCACUGGGUGGCGCUGUUCAUCCAGUCCGUCCAAAUUCAGGAGAUUUUCAGUAUAACCAUAAUAAAAGAUAAUAAACAUAAUUAUAAUAAAAUACCAUAAUAUUUAGAUUUUUUUUAACCUUCCACUCAGUUUUGUGCAUUUAUUUCAUUCAACAAACUCCUCAUGAGUUUUUAUUUAUCACUUGUCAAAAUAGUGGAUUGUUUUCUUUUU